AUGGGGGUGGCAAAGUUUGAUAGUAAUCAAGUUCCACCUCUAGCUUCCGAAGAACCUCCCAAUUGUUGGUCUCUUCCAGUGGUUACACUAACAAGUAUUGCCAUUGCACUUCCAAACAAUGAAAAUCACAAGGUGAGCUGGUUGCUUCGAAGCGUGAGAGAAGGCCUCUUGUAUGUCAACCUUGUAGAAAAAAUCUUGGAUGUCAAAGGAGACUUGGCAAACAUCAGAAGUGCUGCAGAUAUAGUAUGGUUAGGAGUUGGUCUUUUUCACAAGUGGCUGGAUGAAGAUCUCCAAAAAAUGGCUCUUGAAGGAAACAACUCCAAGAAAACUCUUGAGAAACUUACUGACAAAGGUAAAAACAAUGUCAUUGAGUUCAAGGCAAACACAAGCAGAGAUAUGAAGAAGAACCCUCUGAAUUGGCCCAUCAAGGCUAUUGCUGCAAAUUCUAUGUACAGAAUCAGCCAAACUGUGCUGCAUUACCACAAAAGCAGCAAUGAUCAAGCUGAUGAGACACUAUUUGAGCAAUUAUCUAUUAUGAUCGCAGAUAUAUUGGGUGCUUGCCUCACCAACUUACCGCGUGUCAUAACUAUGGAAUGCUUUUCCAGUGCCAUAGAAAAGAGGGAGAAGAGCAUCCUUCAUGCUGCUCAACUUCUUGGUGAAACUGAAGAGAUUUUGAAAAUCCUUCAACAGAAUGAGCUUCCCAGUCUGAACCCUGAUAAAAAGGCUUAUAUUGAUGAGUGGCGUGCAUUAAUGAGGCAGGAAAAUUCCUUUGCUUCCACUUCUUCAAUCAGUGAUGGCACAUCUUCUGUUUCAGGUGAGUUGCAGAUGGCUAUUGAGUAG